AUCUGGCAACACUGACCGCAUUAUUAUUAUUAUUAUUCUACAACAAUUUUAUUCGACAACAAAAUGCGGAGCCAGCGGUUUCUGUUGGUGGCCAUUUUGGCCUGCCUUCUGGUGGCCAUAAAGUCCACGCCCCUAAGCGACAUAUCGGAUUCGAAUGAAUCAACUUCGGAGGAUGAGAGACCACAGAACAAUCGAGAUGAUGACGACGGUGAAUUCGAGGGAUUUCCAGUGAGUUUCAAGGAUGACGACGAGGACCUGCCGGAUUUGCGAGAGCUUUCGGUCCAGGAUCACAGCUGGGAUGUCCUGAUUUUCACGCAGCAGUGGCCGGUGACCACAUGCUAUCAUUGGCGCGAGAACAACCCGGACCAGGAGUGCACUUUGCCCCAGAAAAAGGAGUUCUGGACCAUCCACGGCAUCUGGCCCACAAAGCUCCACAAAAUCGGUCCCAACUUCUGCAAUAAUUCGGCCAGCUUCAAUCCGGAUAAGCUAAAUCCCAUCGAGGAUAGCUUGGAGACCUUUUGGCCCGACCUCAAGGGGGUGGACUCCACGGAAUGGCUGUGGAAGCACGAGUGGCAGAAGCACGGAACCUGCGCCAUGCUAAUCGAGGAGCUGGACAACGAAUUGAAGUACUUUGAGCAGGGACUCACCUGGCGGAAGGAGUACAUCAUGUCGCGGGUAUUGGACGCCUCCGACAUCCAUCCCGAUUCCAACAACACAGUGGCGGCCAUCAAUAAUGCCAUAGUCAAGGCUCUGGGCAAGAAUCCCUCGAUCCACUGCCUCUACGAUGGCAAGCACGGCAUCAGUUAUCUGUCGGAGAUUCGGAUUUGCUUCAGCAAAUCCCUGGAGCUCAUCGAUUGCGAUGGUGUCCUGCAGGGCGAUGCUGUGCCCGUCGGCGUUCCCGGUGGCACCAUCAUCACCAACUGCCAUAUUGGAAGCCUGGUUCAUUAUCCCAGCCUGGUGCCACCGCUGCAGAGGAAAAGCAAUUGGAAGUUACCUCUGGUGAAUGUCUACAAAUUGCUGCAGUUCCUCAUGUGGUUCACCCUGUAAGCAGGUGACAACUUUUUAUCACCCUCGUUGGGAUUUAUUUUGAGGCGCGCCUUAGGAGGACUCUUCGUUAACUCCACUAUUGUUUGAUUCUUCCACUGAUUUGAUGUACUGAAGAUUCGGAGCUUAACAAUCAUAAGCGAACAAAAACAUUCGUUUUUAAAUAGCUGCAAAUCUAGUAAAUUUUUAACAAAAGAGGUCAUAUUUUAUAUUAUUAUUGCUUUUAAAGGUCCACCAUUUUAAAUAUUCACAUUUGUUAGCAACAUCUCUCUGGUUUUUACCCUAUAUUCAAUAGUAUUUCUUAACUUUUACAAAAUGGGAUAUCAAAAUCAUUUUAAACCAAGCUUCUUCAUCCAAUUU